AUGACGUUCGAUCCAGCAUCCUUCGGCAAACUGCGGCUAAAGAGCCAUGACUCCCUAUACACGAUAGACGACUUGAUCAGAUCGCAUGCUGCGGAACCUGAAGAUUUCACAUUGAUCGGAGCUCCUUUGAAAGGUCUUACAGACUUUGAAGAAUAUUCUGCUCGCGACGUCGAUAGGUUCGCCGAUGCAGCAGCAGCUCGACUGCAGGAAAUGGGCCUGAAGCCUGCAGUAAGACUUGUGCAACAACAAACCACAUUGAAUUGA